AUGACAACGCCAGCGAAUCAUAAAUUGCCAGCAGAUAUACUCGUUCUUGCCUUUCAGCAUAUAGAAAGAAAGAAUGUCGGCUUGUUUGCGUAUCGUGGUAUCUUUUGGCUACAACACUUUCAUGAAAACUCAGCAUCUGAUCAACUUGUUCAAUUUGGAAAAUAUGUCAAACGAGUCACUAUUGGUGAAGGCAUAGGGAUAGCUGAUAACAGGAUAUCAUUAGAAAACUUUGAAAACUUUGUCAAAUAUUGCCCCAAGGUUACAUUGGUUAGCGUUUCUCUGCCUGUUUUUAGAGGCAGCUUGUACUAUCACCUAUUUGAAGUUGAUGAUAAUAUAAAAUGGAAGCUUCAUAGACUUGAUCGGAAUGUUGAAAAUCAAAAGUUUAAAUUGAGUUAUUACUACAAGUAUAAAGAUACCAUCAAGGUCAUAAGAUGGCUCGAGGACAUUGAAGAUUUUGAUUUUGUAAUAGGCUUUCCGUUACUUGAAGAACUGGCUCUACCGUAG